AUGAGUAGUAAACAUUCACGUUUAAAGGGCAGAAAAUUGAAGAUAGCAAGUUUACCAGAAAAUGUACAAGACAAAUCCUACAAAUCGAAGACUAAUUCAUGGAGGAUGAAUGAUACUGGAUGUUGCAUUUAUGAGGAUUCCGAUUUUUUUAGACUUGAUAUUCAGGCAAUAUAUCCGCAAGAG